GAGCGCCGCCAAGGAGGUGCUGUACCACCUGGACAUCUACUUCAGCAGCCAGCUGCAGAGCGCGCCGCUGCCUAUGGUGGACAAGGGCCCCGUGGAGCUGCUGGAGGAGUUCGUGUUCCAGGUGCCCAAGGAGCGCGGCGCUCAGCCCAAGAGACUGAAUUCACUCCAAGAGCUUCAACUUCUUGAAAUCAUGUGCAAUUACUUCCAGGAGCAGACCAAGGACUCGGUCCGGCAGAUCCUCUUCUCCUCCCUUUUCAGUCCCCAAGGGAACAAGGCCGAUGACAGCCGCAUGAGCUUGCUGGGAAAGCUGGUCUCCAUGGCGGUGGCCGUGUGCCGGAUCCCCGUGCUGGAGUGCGCAGCUUCCUGGCUCCAGCGCACGCCUGUGGUCUACUGCGUGAGGCUGGCUCGGGCCCUCGUGGACGACUACUGCUGCCUGGUGCCGGGGUCCGUGCAGAUCCUGAAGCAAACCUUCAGUGCCAGCCCUCGAUUCUGCUGCCAGUUUGUAACGUCUGUCACCACACUCUAUGACCUGUCCUCAGACGGCCUCAUCCCACCGCUGGACUUGCUCGAGACGAUCGUCAGCUGGAUUCUCGAGGACCCCCGCUUGGUUCUCAUCACCUUUUUAAACACGCCGAUCGCAGCCAAUCUUCCCAUUGGCUUUCUAGAGCUCACCCCUCUCACGGGCCUGAUCCGCUGGUGCGUGAAGGCCCCCCUGGCGUACAGGAGGAGGAAGAGGCCCCCGCUGGCCAACGGCCACCUCCCUAACAAAGCGCCCAAGGAGCCAGCCGCCCCCGGCUCGGAGCGGGACUCUCACCUCCUGUACUCUAAGCUGCACCUCAGCGUCCUGCAGGUGCUGCUGAUGCUGCAGGGACACCUGACUGAGAAGAACCUCUACGGGCGCCUGGGCCUCGUCCUCUUCGACCACAUGGUGCCGCUGGUGGAGGAGAUCAACCGGCUGGCGGACGAGCUGAACCCCCUCAAUGCCUCCCAGGAGAUCGAGCUGGCGCUGGACCGGCUCGCACAAGCCCUCCAGGUGGCCAUGGCCUCGGGGGCCCUGCUGUGCACACGAGACGACCUGCGGACGCUGUGUUCCAGGUUGCCCCACAAUAACCUGCUCCAGCUGGUGAUCUCGGGCCCCGUGCCGCAGUCUCCGCACGCCGCGCUCCCGCCUGGCUUUUACCCUCACAUCCACACCCCUCCGCUGGGCUACGGGGCCGUGCCAGCCCACCCCGCGGCCCACCCCGCCCUGCCCACGCACCCUGGGCACACCUUCAUCUCGGGCAUGCCCUUCCCCUUCCGGCCCAUCCGCUAGCUGGCCGGCGGUGCCGUCCAUGGCGGAGUGCCCUCUGUGCCCGACGAGGGAGCCCUCGGAGAGCUUCGUGUGGAGUCCAGGCGUCUCCUGCCCGACCACGCUCCCUCCCAGCAGCAAGCCAGAUUGGAUGACGAAGGAGGCGGCCAGGGCCCUGUGAAGAGCGCCGUGGGGGCUCUGUGCUGCCAGGGAGGGAGGGGAGCCAUAGCAGGCCUGCAGUGCAGGCAGGCCCUUCUCAGGCUCCGUGAGCUCAGAGCUGGUACGUGGGGGUUGCAGGUAUGUGCACAGCGCUUAGUUAGCACUGUUCAGGGAAGCCUGACGGGAUGACCCCGUCACCCAGGAAAGGAACUUCUCUGUUGUAUGGAGGUCUCUACGUUUUCCUUUCAGAUGUUCAAAUAAACUUUUUCUAAACA